GCUAAAAGCUUUUUGUGCUGCUAUUGGAGCAGAAUGGAGGGGAAAAGAGAGCAGAUGGGAGUGGUUAGAGGGAAGGGGAGGGAAAAUGAAGGGCCUCCCUCACCGUUGCCAAGGCAACUUGAUGUCACGGUGACAUCACGCACCACUAAAAGCUUUUAACCGGAUUCCUCUCCUGCCUUAGGCCCCAUUUUGAGUCCUCUUUCAGCUAGGCUAGGGGGAAGGGCACAGGCAGGACAGUGGUGUGUGUGCCUUUUUGCAUGUAUCACUCCCACACCUCACACAGCUCUUAGCACAGUAAAAGGCUUUCAAAUUCAACCUCUAAAGAUCCUAUUUCUGCAAACACAGCCAGAACAGGCCAAGAGAACCAUUUCAAAAAUGGCAUCAGACGAUGGUUUCAGCUACCUAAUGCCAGGCCACAGUGAGAAACACAGGCGGGCCCCGAACUGGACCGACGGUGAAAUGAAAGCCCUCCUGUAUGUGUGGGAGGAACACCACAACGAACUGAAAAUGAGCAAGAGGAACGCCAAGGUUUACGAGAAGAUGUCCCAGAGGUUUUUCCAUCUGACCGGAGAGCAGCGUUUCAAAGAAGAGAUCAAGAUGAAAAUCACCAACAUGUCUUUCCAGUACAGGCGACUGAAAUCUACAGUUGGUGAAAGUGGGGAAACACCGGAUUGGCCGUACUAUAAAUCCAUCGAGAAGAUCCUCUCCAAGCCGCUGGAGAACGGGCGGGUGAACUCUUUGGAGUUUCAGGCCUCCGCUGCAGGGCCCUCCACUUCCUCCCAGUCUACAGACAACCUGGCACCCCAGUCGGAGGAGGGGAUGCUGGGGUUCCUGCCAGAGUACACGGGCUCCUCAGAUGAGAUGGAGAUAAAGCAAGAGCUGGACUCUUUGAGCUCUGACAGUGACAACACACAGGGCUCCAGCUCCCACCCUAUUUCAGCCAGGAAGAGGCAUGCCAACAAGCACCUGUCCAUGAAGAAGAAGAAGCUGCGGGUGAUGCAGGCCAUGCUACAGCAACAAAAGAGGUCGAGCCGAGCAAUAGAGGAGACGUGCAGGGAGGUCCGUCGAGCCUUGCACCAACAGAACCUCCUCCAGGUCCAGUGUGUGCAGCUGCAGGAGCGUAUGAUGAACCUCCUGGAGAAAAUGAUCCAGCCUCCCUCCACCACAUCAGCGUCAUGGGGUCAGAGUGGGGCCAAAGACCCAGGGAAGCCAUGAAGUGUGUGGGUUAUGAUUGCUGGGAGAGAUCAUGGUCUUGCCUCACCUGUAGCCUCUGACGCAAAAAUAAAGAAGGCUAUAUUUCUUUGGAUUUCAGUUAGACAUUGAACAGAGAAGUGUAACAAUUUGCUCUUAUGAUUUCUGAAGGUGUCAUCAGCCUGAAUACCUUUAAUGGGAGGUAAUCACGCUAAUAAUCACAAUGACGUAGACAUACACUGUCUCUUUAGCAGUCGGGGCUCCAAUGUUUUCAUCUCAAGGAUACUUGUAUCUUUCUUGAUAAUUUGUACCCUAUUAAAAACACUGUGGGAACAACAGCCUUGCAAAAUUAGACUUAUCUUGUCACUUCAUUUUGUCACUGUGCCAGGAUAAUUACAAGUUGGGAAGGUUUGAUGCCAAAACAGAGCAAUUUGUAGCAAUAUGAACCAGGAGCUGAGGCAAUAAUCCCUGCUGUUAUUGAGUGGGUUGUCAGCAAAUAGCAUCAUAAUCAACACAAACUGCAUGAGAUUUCUUGAAGAAGGAAAUUUCACAUCUCUUAAAUAUGUCUUUUAUGCGCUCAGUAGCAGAAGAAAAACAUGCUGGCUUACUGUUUCCCAUGCAGGAUACUGAAUUGCUUCUAGCCUUGGUUUUUCAUUGAUGUGGCUCUAAAGAUUUGCCUGGAAAAGAGAGAUGAAAUAAUUUAUUGUUAAGGUACAUAUCCUGCUUUCAACUGAAAAAAACGAAUCAAGGUGAAGCUCAUUUAGAUGUAAUAAAUAUACAAACUCGAUAUAAUAAAUAGUCAAACUCAUUCUUUGCAUUUUCAGUUUGUGUGUCACUGUGACCACACAGACUAGUACUCUGCCUGCACAGUAAUUGGUAGUAUAUUAAAAGUAUAUUCAAACAAAUAACAUUUAUACAGCAUUUAAUCUUGGUUGGCAUUGUGCUUUUAGGAUUAGACAUAAAUGUAAUUUUUUAAAAAAAAAUACUACAUAAAAGAUGACCUGUUCUCCUUUGCAUUUCUGCUGAAUAAAACACCUCAUGGUCUGGCCAUCAUUUCAUGUGUUUCACUGUAAUUUUCUCCACUGUUUCCCCAGCAUAUCUGUUUCUGCAGGGUAAUUAUUGAAAUGCAAAGUACACCGAAGGCAAGGAGCGAUAGAGCUGAAAUGUUAAAGUCUUUGCCUUCCAGCCUAUUUUAAGAGGAUUUGGAGAAACUAGGGAUUAAGUUAGUUCCAUCACACACUACACCAACUUAACGGAAGUCACUGCCUCAUGAGAAAGAAAUUGUAAUAGGCUACAGUU